AUGGCCAAAGACAAAUGGAAAAAAGAACGCGAUUACAGCCACGUCGGCGAAAUGUUAAGAGGCAUCGCGCAGGAUGUUAGAGUACAGCGCUUGAGCGGAGACUUUGCUGUCGAGGUCCAUGAGUACUGGGCGCAGGUCGCUCUGGAGUCAGGUGAUUUCAGGGCGUUCCACACAGCCGCCCAGGACUUGGAGGGAUUUUACGAUGAACCACAGCUGGAGAAAAAUUCCGUCAAGGUCAAGGAGAUCUUGGCGUGGCAUAUUCUGUGCAUGGGCAUCGAGGGCGAAGGAGUUGCCACCAGCCGGUUCUUGCAGAAGCAUUCGAAGCGGCUCGGGCUUGGCGAGAAGAACGCUGCCCCGGUCGUGCAAUUAGCAAUGAGAAAUUUGGCGCAGCAGCGCUUCCUGCAAGUGGUCAAACUUCUGGACUCGCAGCCGGCUACUCCGAAGCUUGACAGCACGGUGGGUACUUCAUGGGGCUUUGUAGUAGAGCACUUGGUCGGUGGAUCACCCAAGCUCUUCAUGCAAUCUCUUCUAGGCUGGAUGCAGACGAGCCUCCGCUCAUUCCCAACAGCCUGCGACCUAGCAAAGCGCUUUGCAAGCCCUUUUGCUUCAGAGAUCCUCUUGAAAAAGUCUGGCAGAUUGUCUCCCAGCAUCCCAGCAUGUGAGCACCGUGGUCCAAAGGAUGACCAGCAGCACAAAUUCUCCUAA